AGAGCCCUGCUGUCCCUCUCUGCCCUCACUCUGUUUUAUUUUCCUUGUCACCAUCUGACUCACAAUGUAUUUUAUUGAUUCAUUCUGCUAUUGUCUGUCUGUCCCCUCUAAAUGGCACCUCAGGCCAGGUGUAGUGGCUCAUGCUUGUAAUCCUGGCACUUUGGGAGGCCAAGGCAAGAGGAUCUCUUGAGGCUAGGAGUUCAAGACCAGCCUGGGCAACAUGGCAACACCCUGUCUCUUUAUAGAUAAUAAUUAGCUGGGCACAGUGGUGCAUGCCUGUAGUCCCCAGCUACUCAAGAGGCUGAGGAGGGAGGACUGCUUGAGCCCAGGAGUUCCAGGCGGGAACAGGUGCUAUGAUCACACCACUGCACUCCAGCCUGGGCAACAGAGUGAGACCCCAUCUCAGUCAACCAAUCUAUGCCAGCUCUAUGAGAGCAGAGAGAGAGACAGAGAGAGAGAGUGUGUGGGUGUAUGUGUGUGUGUGUGUGUGUGACAGAGUCUCAGUCUGUCAUCCAGGCUGGAGUGCAGUGGCGCAACCUCAGCUCACUGCAACCUCUGCCUCCCAGGUUCAAUCAAUUCUCCUGCCUCAGCCUCCUGAGUGGCUGGGAUUGCAGGCGCGCACCACCAUGUCCAGCUAAUUUUUGUAUUUUAGUAGAGACUGGGUUUCACCAUGUUGGCCAGGCUGGUCUCAAACUUUUGACCUCAAGUGAUCCGCCCUCCUCAGGCUCCCAAAGUGCUGGGAUUACAGGCAUGAGCCACUGUGCCCGGCUGAGAGCAGAGAUUUUAUCUGUCUUGUUCAUUACAGUAUUCCCGGAACCUGGAAUACUGGCAGGCACACGUGGAGAGAGUGGAGCUGGGAAGACAGUGGCAGCCAAAUACAUCAUGGGCUACAUCUCCAAGGUGUCUGGCGGAGGCGAGAAGGUCCAGCACGUCAAAGAUAUCAUCCUGCAGUCCAACCCACUGCUCGAGGCCUUCGGCAAUGCCAAGACUGUGCGCAACAACAAUUCCAGCCGCUUUGGCAAGUACUUUGAGAUCCAGUUCAGCCGAGGUGGGGAGCCAGAUGGGGGCAAGAUCUCCAACUUCUUGCUGGAGAAGUCCCGCGUGGUCAUGCAAAAUGAAAAUGAGAGGAACUUCCACAUCUACUACCAGCUGCUGGAAGGGGCCUCCCAGGAGCAAAGGCAGAACCUGGGCCUCAUGACACCGGACUACUAUUACUACCUCAACCAAUCGGACACCUACCAGGUGGACGGCACGGACGACAGAAGUGACUUUGGUGAGACUCUGAGUGCUAUGCAGGUCAUUGGGAUCCCGCCCAGCAUCCAGCAGCUGGUGCUGCAGCUCGUGGCAGGGAUCUUGCACCUGGGGAACAUCAGUUUCUGCGAAGACGGGAACUAUGCCCGAGUGGAGAGUGUGGACCUCCUGGCCUUUCCCGCCUACCUGCUGGGCAUUGACAGCGGGCGACUGCAGGAGAAGCUGACCAGCCGCAAGAUGGACAGCCGCUGGGGUGGGCGCAGCGAGUCCAUCGAUGUGACCCUCAACGUGGAGCAGGCAGCCUACACCCGUGACGCCCUGGCCAAGGGGCUCUAUGCCCGCCUCUUCGACUUCCUCGUGGAGGCCAUCAACCGUGCUAUGCAGAAACCCCAGGAAGAGUACAGCAUCGGUGUGCUGGACAUUUACGGCUUCGAGAUCUUCCAGAAAAACGGCUUCGAGCAGUUUUGCAUCAACUUCGUCAAUGAGAAGCUGCAGCAAAUCUUUAUCGAACUCACCCUGAAGGCCGAGCAGGAAGAGUACGUGCAGGAAGGCAUCCGCUGGACUCCAAUCCAGUACUUCAACAACAAGGUCGUCUGUGACCUCAUCGAAAACAAGCUGAGCCCCCCAGGCAUCAUGAGCGUCUUGGACGACGUGUGUGCCACCAUGCACGCCACGGGCGGGGGAGCAGACCAGACACUGCUGCAGAAGCUGCAGGCGGCCGUGGGGACCCACGAGCAUUUCAACAGCUGGAGCGCCGGCUUUGUCAUCCACCACUACGCUGGCAAGGUCUCCUACGACGUCAGCGGCUUCUGCGAGAGGAACCGAGACGUUCUCUUCUCCGACCUCAUAGAGCUGAUGCAGACCAGUGAGCAGGCCUUCCUCCGGAUGCUCUUCCCUGAGAAGCUGGAUGGAGACAAGAAGGGGCGCCCCAGCACCGCCGGCUCCAAGAUCAAGAAACAAGCCAACGACCUGGUGGCCACGCUGAUGAGGUGCACACCCCACUACAUCCGCUGCAUCAAACCCAAUGAGACCAAGAGGCCCCGAGACUGGGAGGAGAACAGAGUCAAGCACCAGGUGGAAUACCUGGGCCUGAAGGAGAACAUCAGGGUGCGCAGAGCCGGCUUUGCCUACCGCCGCCAGUUCGCCAAGUUCCUGCAGAGGUAUGCCAUUCUGACCCCCGAGACGUGGCCGCGGUGGCGUGGGGACGAACGCCAGGGCGUCCAGCACCUGCUUCGGGCAGUCAACAUGGAGCCCGACCAGUACCAGAUGGGGAGCACCAAGGUCUUUGUCAAGAACCCAGAGUCGCUUUUCCUCCUGGAGGAGAUGCGAGAGCGAAAGUUCGACGGCUUUGCUCGAACCAUCCAGAAGGCCUGGCGGCGCCACGUGGCUGUCCGGAAGUACGAGGAGAUGCGGGAGGAAGCUUCCAACAUCCUGCUGAACAAGAAGGAGCGGAGGCGCAACAGCAUCAAUCGGAACUUCGUCGGGGACUACCUGGGGCUGGAGGAGCGGCCCGAGCUGCGUCAGUUCCUGGGCAAGAGGGAGCGGGUGGACUUCGCCGAUUCGGUCACCAAGUACGACCGCCGCUUCAAGCCCAUCAAGCGGGACUUGAUCCUGACGCCCAAGUGUGUGUAUGUGAUUGGGCGAGAGAAAGUGAAGAAGGGACCUGAGAAGGGCCAGGUGUGUGAAGUCUUGAAGAAGAAGCUGGACAUCCAGGCUCUGCGGGGAGUCUCCCUCAGCACGCGACAGGACGACUUCUUCAUCCUCCAAGAGGACGCCGCCGACAGCUUCCUGGAGAGCGUCUUCAAGACCGAGUUUGUCAGCCUUCUGUGCAAGCGCUUCGAGGAGGCGACGCGGAGGCCCCUGCCCCUCACCUUCAGCGACACACUACAGUUUCGGGUGAAGAAGGAGGGCUGGGGCGGUGGCGGCACCCGCAGCGUCACCUUUGCCCGCGGCUUCGGCGACUUGGCAGUGCUCAAGGUUGGCGGUCGGACCCUCACGGUCAGCGUGGGCGAUGGGCUGCCCAAGAGCUCCAAGCCUACGCGGAAGGGAAUGGCCAAGGGAAAACCUCGGAGGUCGUCCCAGGCCCCUACCCGGGCGGCCCGUGCGCCCCCCAGAGGCAUGGAUCGCAAUGGGGUGCCCCCAUCUGCCAGAGGGGGCCCCCUGCCCCUGGAGAUCAUGUCUGGAGGGGGCACCCACAGGCCUCCCCGGGGCCCUCCGUCCACAUCCCUGGGAGCCAGCAGACGACCCCGGGCACGUCCGCCCUCAGAGCACAACACAGAAUUCCUCAACGUGCCUGACCAGGGCAUGGCCGGCAUGCAGAGGAAGCGCAGCGUGGGGCAACGGCCAGUGCCUGGUGUGGGCCGACCCAAGCCCCAGCCUCGGACACAUGGUCCCAGGUGCCGGGCCCUGUACCAGUACGUGGGCCAAGAUGUGGACGAGCUGAGCUUCAACGUGAACGAGGUCAUCGAGAUCCUCAUGGAAGAUUCCUCGGGCUGGUGGAAGGGCCGGCUUCACGGCCGGGAGGGCCUUUUCCCAGGAAACUACGUGGAGAAGAUCUGAGCUGGGCCCUGGGAUUCUGCCUUCUCUUUCGCCCGCCUGUCUGCCUGCCUGCCUGGUGGGGAGCCAGGCCCUGCCAAUGAGAGCCUCGUUUACCUGGGCUACAAUGGCCUAAAAGUCCAGUCCUGUGGCCUCCAGUCCUGCCCAGGCCCUGCGUCAGCGGGUCACUGCUGCAGCCCCCGCCCCCGGGCCCUGGUCUUCCCCCAACAUCACACCCGCUGCCCAUUCUCCAUUUCUGCGUGUGUCAAAUUGGACUAACAGUAGAAUCUACCUCCCAACUUCCAUGUGAUUAAGAAAUGGGUCUUGAGUCCUGUGCUGUUGGCAAAGUGCCAGGCACAGUUGGGGACGGGGGGUCCUUGACAAGCGUGAUUUUGCUCAUUCUGUCAUCACUAAGGCAAUAAACAUUUGCCAGGUGAAAGCAUGAGUUAAUUUACUAAGUGCCCAACAAGGACGAUGUUUUCACAACCCUGUGAGGUAGGAGCUUUGAAGGACCCCAUCUUACAGGUGGAACAAUGGAGGUUCAGAGAGGUUCACUGACCCAAGACUGCACAGAGCCAUGCCUUGCGUUCAUAUGUGACCACAAAGCUUGAAUUUGUCCCAGUUUGGGCCGGGUGCAGUGGCUCAUGCCUGUAAUCCCAGCACUUUGGGAGGCUGAGGUGGGCAGAUCACGUGAGAUCAGGAGUUCAAGACCAGCCUGGAUAACACAGCAAAACCCUGUUUCUACUAAAAAUU